GUCAGUGGAAGUUGGCUCCUCGGCUGUCUGACCGCUCCUCCAAGAAUUGGGAGAGUUCUCUGAGUGGGUCGGAUAUUUUUGGCUACCUGAGACAUCGACUGGAUCAACUAUUCUCCAUUCCGCAAGGAAAUUGUCCGUGUCUAUGACGCUCAAAUUAUUCUAGCCUACUUAUUGGAGGAGACGUGUCAGAACAGAAUCAUUGAACGGUUUAGUCUGUGUAACGAAAGCCAAGCUGCGGAGGCAGAGAAGCGGUAUUUUGAUCACAAUGAUGGAGUCACCAACUGCCAUGCGGCUGAUAUUGAUGGCUCUGAUGAGUUUAACGGCUUCCACCAACAAAUUGAACGUCCCGCGCCUGCGACUCUCCUAUAACGAUCUGCUCUCCUCCAACCGCUCCUGGCUCUUCUCCGGUCUGCACUCUGAGCUGCGUCUGUCCAGCGUGUUUGUGGACGAGUAUCACGACAGGCUCUUCCUUGGAGGCAAAGACACACUCUACUCACUACGCCUGGAUCACACACACACGCAUGGAGAUGUCAAAGAGAUCUACUGGCCCCCACUGCCUGGAAACAGAGAGGAGUGUGUGCAGAAUGGUAAAGAUUUGGAGACGGAGUGUGCUAACUUUGUGCGGUUGCUGCAGCCCUUCAACAGGACUCAUCUGCUGGCCUGUGGCACCGGGGCCUUCAAGCCUGUGUGUGCCUACGUCAACGUUGGACACCGCGGAGAGCAUGCCUUUUCUCUGGAGAAUUCCUCGGUGGAGAACGGCAGAGGAAGAUGCCCUCAUGACCCCAACAUGCCCUUCGCCAGCACCUUCACUGGUGGAGAGUUGUACACCGGUCUGACAGCAGACUUCCUGGGUCGAGACUCAGUGAUCCUCAGGAGCAUGGGCUCUCGAUCCCCCAUGAGAACAGAGACAGACCAGCCCUUACUGCACGAGCCCAAGUUCGUGGCAGCCCACCGCAUCCCUGACAGUGAGGAUGCUGCUGAUGAUAAGGUCUACUUCUUCUUCAGCGAGAGGGCAGACUCAGACUCCGGCAGCAGAGACGGGGCCAUACAUACACGCGUGGGGAGAGUCUGUGUGAAUGAUGCAGGAGGCCAGAGGGUGCUGGUGAACAAGUGGAGUUCCUUCAUCAAAGCCAGACUGGUGUGUUCAGUUCCCGGCCCACACGGCAUCGACACACACUUUGACCAACUGGAGGACAUAUUUGUACUGCGCACCAAAGACGAGAAAAACCCAGAGAUCUACGCCAUCUUCAGCUCCAUCAGCAAUGUGUUCCAGGGCUCUGCGGUGUGUGUGUAUCGCAUGGCUGAUAUCCGUGAGGUCUUUAACGGGCCCUUCGCCCAUAAGGAGGGACCCCAGCGCCAGUGGGGCCCCUACGAGGGCCGCGUCCCCUACCCAAGACCUGGAGUGUGUCCCAGUAAGCUGACGGCUCAGCCUGGCCUGGGCUACAGCAGCACUCUGGAGUUCCCUGAUGCCGUGCUGCAGUUUGCCCGUGCCCACCCCCUCAUGUGGAGGAGUGUGUACCCUGUGGGACGCCAGCCAGUCCUGCUGAGGACAAACACACCCUACCGCCUCACACACAUCACCGUGGACCGCACACAGGCAGAUGACGGACACUACAACGUCAUGUUCAUCGGCACUGAUGUUGGCACAGUGUUGAAGGUCAUCACCCUCCAGAAAGGAAAUACCCUGAUGCCAGAGGAAAUCACCCUAGAGGAACUACAGGUUUUUAAGGUGCCAGCUCCCAUCACCUCCAUGGACAUCUCAGUCAAACGGCAAGCCCUGUUCGUGGGCUCCGGCACGGGUGUGGCCCAGGUGCGUCUGCACAGGUGUGAGCUGUACGGGGGCGUGUGUGCGGAGUGCUGUCUGGCGCGGGACCCCUACUGUGCCUGGGACGGCAAGGCCUGCGUACGCUACAGCAGCCACAAGCGCCGCUACCGCCGACAGGACAUCAAGCACGCCAACCCAGCACAGCAGUGCAUGGACCAGAACCUCAGUGUGGAGGAGCUGGACGUGGCUGAGAGCCGGGUGGCGUACGGCACGGAGAACAACAGCAGCUUCCUGGAGUGUGUGGCGCGCUCCCCCCAGGCCUCCACCAGCUGGCACCUGCAGAGAGAACACACCAUGGAGGAGGUGGUGUAUGAUGACCGCGUUAUGAAGCUGGAGGGAGGCCUGCUGUUCCGGCGUGUCACCCUGGCUGACGUGGGCCUGUACGUGUGUCGCUCGCAGGAGCGUGGCUUCACUCAGGUCCUCUCCCGCGUCUGGCUGGACGUCUUACGAAGCGACGCCCUGGCCGACCUGCUCUCCCGGGACACCACCAACACCAACACCAAGUCCCGCCCCUGGCCCCCAUGUCCCGCCCUCCCGGGGGGCUCAUUGGCCAAUCACAGCCCUUCUCGCUCCUGGUUCAAGGACGUGAUUGGUCUGAUUGGUCCUCAGGGCCUGACGGAGGUGGAGCAGUACUGUGAGAGGGUGUGGUGUAACGACAAGCUCCGGCUGCGGCGCAAACACAAGACCAUGAUGGAGAAGUACAAGCAGGCCCAGGAGUCGGCACGCAAGGCCCGCAACCGCACGCCACGAGACACACACUAGUGAUGGAGGGAUGCAGAGAGAGAGAGAGAGAGAGAGAGAGAGAGAGAGAGAG